GCGGAUGCAGGAAUGUCACUGGUAAAUUUGGACUGGUACUCAGCUAGUGUGAAGCUGAAUGUGAGACUUAUAUAAUACGUUAUAAUGCAUUUUUUUCACAUGGUUCAUGUAUGAGUAUGAUGAUGGCAACCCGACAGUCUUUCACAGACUCUGACACUGCUGAUGAAGCAGUGAGAGCGACUUGUGACGAUGCGUCAAUAUGCAAAAGGUUUGCAACCAGUAAAGGCUAUUGGAAGGAUCCAUAUAUCCAGUACUUUGUGAGGCAGAUAGGUGAAAGAAAGGCUCCUGAGAUCAACAGAGGAUACUAUGCUCGUGUGCAGGGGGUCAGUCACCUCCUGGACGAGUUUCUGAGAAAGACGACGUGUGACUGUCAGGUGAUAAACCUGGGAGCAGGAUUGGACACCACUUUCUGGCGCCUAAAGGAUGAAAACCUCUUGCCUAAAAAGUACUUUGAAGUUGACUUCCCAAUGAUUGUUGCCAGGAAGAUCCACAACAUCAAGACAAAACCUCCCUUGUCAAAACCCAUAAUUGAAACACACUCCACAGAUGCACUCUUAUUAGAUGGCCACAGCCUUGACUCAGACAGAUACUGUGUCUUCGGUGCUGAUCUCAGGGACAUCGCAGGCCUGGAGGACAAACUGAAGAAGUUCCACAUGGAUCCAAAGUUGCCCACUCUGUUCCUGUCCGAGUGUGUGCUGGUGUAUAUAACUCCCGAGCAGUCCUCCAAGCUGUUGCACUGGGCGGCUGAUACCUUCCACACUGCCAUGUUCAUCAACUACGAACAGGUGAACAUGGAAGAUCGCUUUGGACAGGUAAUGAUUGAGAAUCUGCAGAGGCGUCAGUGCAACUUGGCUGGAGUGGAAGUGUGUCGCUCCCUGGACUCGCAGAAAGAGCGAUUUCUGCUGUCUGGUUGGGAGAGUGCCGAUGCUCUGGACAUGAUGACUGUGUACAGUGUCCUUCCCCAGGAAGAUGUGGCCAGAAUAGAACGACUGGAGUUCUUAGAUGAGAAGGAGCUUCUCCAGCAGCUUCUGCAACACUAUUGUAUCUGCUGGGCUGCCAAGGAUAAACUCAAAUUAGGACUUGCACAAAUUGCAUUUUAAACAAGGAAGGGACUGUCGGCUUGAAACCCAGAUGGAGAUGGUUCUAUGUGCC